AUGUCAGUGCUGAGAUACAUCACUAAUGAGACUACACGCUUCCAUAUAUUUGUCUCUAACAAUGUGUCUACAAUUCAUGAGGGAUCAGAGGUGUCUCGGUGGAGGUACAUGAAUACGAAAUUAAACCCAGCAGAUGAUGUUUCAAGGGGUUUGAUAAUAACUGACUUCAUAAAAUGCAAGCAAUGGGUUACUGCUCCAGGUUUACUGUGGUCUCCAGAAUCUGAAUGGCCAGGGAAUCAAGUAGUUUUAGAGAGGAUUCACGAUGAGGAUCCUGAAGUGAAGAAGCUCUCAGAUAUUGUUCUAAUAGAUGAGCAAUCUAGCUUCAUGAGUAGUCUAAUUUCACUUUUUUCAAGCUGGAUGUCACUGAAGCGGACAGAGAAUGGAUCUUAA